CCGGGUUCUACUCAUAGAAUGUUGCAGUCUGCGCAAGUCAAACAGGAUGUAGUCUACCGCUUCCUCUUUCUACCGGUGCAAUGGCGACUGGGACUCUGUACACGUACCCCGAAAACUUUCGUGCUUACAAGGCACUAAUCGCUGCCAAAUACAGCGGUGCAAAAGUUACGGUCUCCCCUGCAUUCAAAUUGGGAGAAACCAAUACUACAAAGCAGUUUUUGGAGAAAUUUCCCCUGGGAAAGGUUCCAGCCUUUGAGAGUAGCAAUGGUGACUACGUCUUCGAAAGCAAUGCUAUUGCUCAAUAUGUUGGAAAUGCUCAGCUCCAGGGAAGUAACACACGUGACCAGGCCCUGAUCCAGCAAUGGAUUAACUUUGGUGACAAUGAAGUUUACCCAGCGUCGUGCACCUGGGUGUUCCCUGCUUUGGGGAUCACACCAUAUAACAAACAGGAGUCUGAAAAGGCAAAAGAGCAGAUGAAGAAAUCUAUGACUGUGCUCAAUAAUUAUUUGAGGACAAGGACCUACCUUGUUGGAGAGCGCAUCUCCCAAGCCGACAUCAGUCUUGCAUGUAACCUUAUGCUAGCUUACCAAAAUGUGAUGGAUCCAUCAUUCCGAGGUUCAUUUGGCAACGUGAACAGAUGGUUCAACACCCUCAUCAACCAACCACAAUUCAAGUCCAUCAUCGGAUCAUUUUCCCUCUGUUCCAAAAUGAAGGAGGCUGAUGGGAAGAAAUACGCAGAGCUCCACGGUGGUGGUAAGAAGGAAGGCAAGUCCAAGAAGGAACAGCCCAAAAAGGAACAGGCAAAGAAAGAAAAGAAGGAGGAAGCAGAAGCAGAUGAGGAGGAUAUACCACAACUACCCAAGGAAAAGAAGGACCCCUGGGCCGAAUGUCCUAAGGGAGCUUUCAACUAUGAUGAAUUCAAAAGAGAAUAUUCCAACAAAGACACACUAAAAGAAGCAUUGCCAUAUUUCUGGAAACACUUUGAUGCUGCAAGCAUGUCCAUUUGGUUUUGUGAAUAUAAUUACAAAGAUGAACUUGGACAGGUUUUCAUGACCUCAAAUCUUAUCAGAGGAUUUUUCCAGAGAAUUGACAAAAUGCGCAAGAAUUCUUUUGGAAGCAUGUGCAUUUUAGGGGACGCUAAAGAUCACAAUAUAACAGGAAUUUGGUUUUGGAGGGGAAGCAAUCUUGCUUUUGAGCUCUGUGAGGACUGGAAGGUGGAUUAUGAAUCAUACACAUGGAAAAAACUCGACCCCAAUGAUGGGAAAACAAAGAAAUUGGUGCAAGAUUACUUUGACAUGGCUGAUAACGUUGACGGAAAAAAAUGCCUUCAAGGAAGCAUCUUCAAGUGAUAGAUGUCUGCAAUAUGAACUUAUUUAUACUGACAGAUGGGAGGGAUGGGUAUACACUGGAAGUGCUGUGUCUUCUGUGGACAUUAAACUUGUUGAAAGUGA